AUGUUGCGAGCACACAAGUUCAACAUUCAUUCUGGCGAGAUACCUUGUGAGCAAUGUAACGAAACAUUCGAGAACUACCGCACUUAUUACCCCCACAAAGUUGUAAUGCAUCAGUGUGAAGAAAUCGAAUGUCCUUGGGAGCAUUGCUAUGAGACGUUUACCACAAAGAAGAAGUUUUACCAUCAUAUUCACAACCACAAUUGCGCCUAA